GAUUAGCGUCUGCUAGAGCCAGUGUCGGAGAAAGUAUAACCUAUCAUGUGCCGAGAAGCUUUUUUUGUAUGUAAAUAGAACUAGAGAACUUUGCAAAUAGAUGUUAAGCAUGGCAUGUUCAUGCCUAAGUUAAUGUGAAACUAAUGAAUAGAAAAUUGUGAAUCAUCUUAAUUCAAUUACUCUAGCUGGCUUUCGUAUGGUGUCUGCGCAAACGCACUAUAUGAUUCAAUAAACAUUGAUCUUUGACCGGCCAUGCAUAUGUCACGAAAGUUGUUUGGUCCAAUCUAGGUUAACUUUUUCCUUGAUCCUUUAGCACUUCGGUAAAAGAUAUUGAUGCCCAGUUGUAGCUCUUUUUGCUUGCCAGUGGAUUAAUCAAAACCAUAGUAACAUUGAAAUCAUGCCCUACAAUGCCCUAGACCACCUAACUGAUCUAACUCAGUAUCUGAAUCUAACUAAGCUGUUUGGGGCAUCUAUAGAUAUUUAUUACUCCAAUUGGUUGUCAUGGCUUUUCACACCUUUGAUUGCUGUCUCUUUGCUACCGGGUAUCAUCAUUAUUCUACUCUACAUCACAUCUUCUCUUUUAUACAUUUACAAAUUGCACAGAUAUAGGCUACUAGAUGCAUAUGAUAAAGACAUAUGGGAUGCAGGAAGAAAAGUUGUUUCAGCUAUUUGGGAUGCAUUAGGCUGGAUCUGGCAUGGAUAUGAAAUUAUUGGAGUUGAAAAUAUUCCCCCUGGUGGUGCUCUUUUGGUGUAUUAUCAUGGAGCAGUUCCCAUUGACUUCUACUACAUAUGCAGUCAUAUAUUGCUGUAUGAAGGAAGAUUGAUCAAUCCUGUUGGUGAUAGAUUCCUUUUUAAAAUUCCAGGAUGGAGUAGUCUUUUAGAGGCGUUUGGCGUAAUACCUGGUACCGUACAGAGCUGUGCAGCCCUUUUGAGGAAAGGCAAUCUCUUGGCCAUAGCUCCAGGAGGAGUUUAUGAAGCUCAGUUGGGUGACCAUAACUAUGAACUUCUUUGGAGGCAACGGUUAGGUUUCGCGAAGAAAAAAAUGGCGAAUCGUAACAGAAGGGCUAAUGCUCCCGAUGUAGACAAUACUAUUGAUUUAGUUCAAGUGGAUGGCCUGGUUGUGGCCAAGAUCAUCAAGCAUUGCCAUGAAGAAGGAAGCAGUGCUGUUGAUGUUGCUCAAGGUGUUUUAUUGGGGCUGGUAGCUGACACUCGACUUGAAGUGACAAACUGCUUUCCAUUUCCUAAAAACCUUGAUGAAAACUUUGAUGAAGAGGAUUACCAAAUGGAAAUGAUGCGCCACCUGCGGAAAGUUAAUGUAGAUCAUCUUCAUGUUGGAUGGUAUCAGAGUACUCAACAAGGAGCAUUUCUGUCCACUCAGUUCCUUGAGUCUCAGUUUACGUAUCAAACUUCCAUUGAAGAGUCAGUAGUGCUCAUCUAUGACCCACUGAAAACCAAACGAGGGUUUUUGCAUUUGAAGGCUUACCGCUUAACUCCCCAAGCAGUUGCCCUCUACAAGGACAAUGAUUUUGGUGCUGAUGCCAUCAAAACCCACCACUUGAGUUUUGAAAGCCUGUAUCAGGAAAUUAGACUGGUGAUUCACAACUCUCACUUGGUCAAUGCCCUUUUGUGUGAACUUAGUGAAAUGGUUGCUCCUUAUGAGGGAUCUCAAUACCUUGAUCUUGGAACUGCGUCUGUACUUGAGAAACAUCUGAGGAGCUUGACAGAUAAUGUUGAUGAACUUUUGCAAGAUACCAACAAGUUCAACAUCUAUCAACGCCAGGUGGUGAAGCAACAGCAAGAAAAGCAGAAAUAUGUUCAAAAGAGGAAUUUGGAAAAUAACGCUAGACAAGCUCGUGGUGAACCACCGCUACCUGAUGAAGACGUAACAAAGGUUUUUAAGCCGAUUCCAGUGCCCCCCCGUUUGGAACCAAUGGUUUUGUCUGCCCAAAUAGCAGCCCAUUGCCAGCAAGUGUCGCUCUUCUGUAGCCAAGCCCUAGGAAAGUUGUUUUUGUCUGAAGCGCUGCAGCAACCGCAAUCUUCGCAACAAACGGUAUUGAAAGCGAUGGAAGCUGGAACGGAGAGAAAACCGGAAAAGAAGAAUGGCGUUGAGUCUUCCAUACUUUCAGCGAUUGCAGAUGGAGAUGAUGAAUUGGUCAGUGCUUACUCAAGAAUAUCUUUGGAUCCUGCUGCAAGAACUGGACGAAUAGAUGAGAGAAUUGUGAACUCCGUUUGUACCAAAACAAACAUGAAUAUCGACCGAAUCGCAUGCCAAAUAAAUCAGACUCAUCAUAUUGGCAUUUGUUUUCUAUUGGAUACAACUGGAAGCAUGUAUUCCUACAUUAACGAAGUGAAAGAACAAAUCGUAGAGAUAGUUGCGCGUUUGGAGGCAAGUGGUUGCGGAAUAGAGGGAUUAGCUUUUGUUGGCUACAAAGAUUGGUGUGACGGGAUUAACCACUUCGAAAUACUUCCGUUCACCAAAUCUGUUUCUGAAUUCAAGUCGUUUGUUGCCACUAUCUGCGCAAAAGGAGGUGGAGAUUUUCCGGAAGAUGUUCUUGGAGGACUCAGUCGCGCAAUAUCUCUUAAUUGGCCACAGAAUAGUGGUACCAGAAUAAUUUUCCAUCUUGGUGACGCUCCUGCACACGGGAAAACUAUUUUCCAUGAUGGUCGUCGUAGAGAUGAUUACGAAAACGGCCACCCCAACGAUCCACCACUUCAGGAGCUUUUUCGGGAGAUGCGUCGCAAGAAAUUGAUGUACUAUUUCGGCCGUAUAAACGGCGAAUGCGACAGGAUGAUAGCGACCUUUGAAAGAUAUCUCGGCGAAAAAAUAGAAACCGUAGACAGCGCAGAAGUCGGUAACGUUUUGCGUUCAGUAAUGGAAAGCGUAAUGAGGUCAGUCUCUGUCACUCAUCGUACUGAUUUUCCUAGUAUGGUUGACAAGAAAUUACUACCAUUCAACAUGGACAAAAAAGAACCGAACUGGGACCAACUCCCGCGUUUAGACGGCACUAUUUUAACUUUCGAGUUACCGACAUCGGUUGAAGAAAUAACUUCGUUUGCCAAGCUACAGGAUAAAAUUAAAAAGUGCCGACUGCAGAUUGCUCCGAAUCCUUUUGCCAAAGGGUCGGUUCGUUUGGCUUACUUCGGCAAAAUUUUUUAUUCGUCGUCGAAAGACGCCAAUUCAUCGGCUUCCGAAAGUGUUGACGACGUUGUAUUUAAAGAAAUUAUUUCGCCACCGAAAGUAGCAGAUCUUGAUUGCUGGCGUUACCGGAGUGAUCUUGAAGUACAGACAGUUGCCGCUAAACUGGCGAAAGAAUUUAAUUUCAGACUGUUUAAAACCCACCACAACCCCAACAUCACAAUGAAGUUUUUAAAGACCAAAGUUGCUCGCGUUUUCAAAGAUGUCGCUCCGCGUUAUUUAGCUUACGAGCAAAGGUUCCGUGGGGUAAGUCCCAACAUGGUCAAAUAUACAAACAACGUAGAUUUCGUUCAAGAUGCUCAAUCUUUGGACGAAAAUGACCGCAAAAGACUUGAAAUUGCUUUAGCGUUUUCCCAUUUCAGCCACCAUAUCACCGAUGGAUACUUGCUCGUUUGUGAUUUGCAAGGAGUUUCCUAUGUAAACGCAAAAGAGAAAGAAAUUCUGUUACUAACGGACCCCGCUAUUCACUGUUCAAAGCACAUACGUUUUGGGAAAACCAAUCUAAGCUCUAUUGGCAUAAACAAGUUCUUUAAAAAACAUGCAUGCAAUAAAUAUUGUCUAGCAUUAGGAUUGAAGAUGCCCAGUGGAUAAACAGUCUGAGAAAAAGGAUGUCACUUAUACAAUAAUUCCUGUUCUCCAUGUGAACCUGCACCAGGUUACUAUAUAGGGUGUUUUUCUAUUGUUUUCUUUGAUAUGUAUGUUGUCGGCUACUAAGUCCUGAAUAUAUAACAAGUUCGGCUUAA